AAAAAAUUUAUUCUUUCACCGGUCCACCCUCUCUCUCUUUCUACAUCUCUAUAGAAAAAUUUCUGUAUAAUUUUUCGAUACAUAUGCGAGUUUUACUUAUCUCUGUUCUUGCAUUUUUGGCGGCUUUGGAUUACUUCUCCGUCUUCAUCAUCAGGAAGUAAGUGAUUGGUUUCUGAAGAGAUUUUGCUACUUUGACAUUAUUACCGAGAUUGUUAUCUCCCAGAGUGGAGAUGUUGUCCAGAUAUCAUCACCUCUAUUAGAAACUGAAGUUCAUGCUAUGGAUUCAAAUUGUGAUGUUGAGGGGUUGUCAGUUUCUAUGCAAUCAUGUGAGCCUUUUAGUAUGACUGGGACUAGCUGCGCAAUUGAACCUGAUGUGGAGGAUACUAGUCUUGUUGCUGUUAUUGACACUAGUCCUGUAUUGAGAGGGGAUAAAGACAAAGACAAUGUUGCAUGCAAUUAUGCCCCUGAAAUUCCUGGCCCAGAUAUGACUUGUUUGGAUUCUAGAAAGAAUGCUAGAAAGGGUAAAGUAAAUCAGAAUGCACGAAAGAAUAAAGCAACAAGGAAAUGUGAGAGGCUAGCCACAAAGCAGACACAUUUGAAUACUGUUUUGCAGAAUGUUGAAAGGAGGAGGAGAACAAAUUUAUGCAAAACAGGACGUUCUUCUAGUUGGGGAUCAUUAGGGAAUAUCGCUCAACUUUUGGUUCAAAAUUUACCUGCUGAUGUAGUUGAAAAAAAGCAUACUAAAUCUCAAAGAGGUAAAUCUGCACAGGACAGCAAAAACAAGGCGAAAGAUGGCAAAAGUUCAAAAUUUUCAAAACAAAAUAACUAUACAUCAACUGGUCGUCCCAUUCGCCUGAAAGUUAAAUUAGGUAAUGAGCCUGUUGGGAGUUGCCCAGCACAAAGUGUAGAGGAAAAUGCCAAACAAAACUGCUUGGUUCAAAAUAUGGAAAUACCGGAACUGAAAGAACUUUGCAAAGGUUCCAUUUUAAAAAUGCCUGUUAUGGUCCAUUCGUGUAAUCAUCAGUGUACACAUUCUCAGAUUGAGGGUGAAGCACUGAGAGUUGCUGCUGAUAAUCAGUACUUGGAUCCUGGAACAUCACCUGAUUCAGAAGUUAUCAACCUUAUCUCGGAUACCCAAGUAGAUGGAAAGGCUGAAGAAGUUACUCGUCAUGCUAAGAUCUCCUCCAAAGCUUCUGCAGCUCUUGGAGAUGUGAGAGAUUUGCAUCUACCAGAAUUGAUUGGUAAGGAUGGAAAUAACCCUGUCAUGCUUCAUCAGGAAGAUAAUUGUUGUAUGGACGAUAGAUUGCCUAGCCCUGAAAUCACAGACAAUAUUAUUUUACUGGAGAAACAUGAGAAGGGGGGAAGUGGAGAUAUUUACAAUGGCGAGGGAUGCUCUAAAGAACUGUUGUCAUCAUCAUUGUUGAUGGAGUCUAGAGGUUCUGGAGAGGUUAAAAAUUGCAGAGGUGGUUCAGAAACUACUAGAUCUGGUGGUCAUGACAAAGGAUUUGAAUCACCUGAUUCAAGUGUCCCCAAGAAAUUACUUGUAUAUGCUAAGGGGCACAAGAAAUCCAAAAAUUCAAAAUCCAGAAUAGUUGGUAAAAGCAUGCUGGAAGUCACUAAUUCUCUGGAUAAGCAGAAAGGGAAAACUUCUAAACUGAAGGGAAAGAAUGGAAAGCCAGUUAGUAAGAAGAAAUCGAAAGAGGAAGGUGCUCAUGGUCAAGAUGUUUCCAAAAUUGAAAAUGAUCAUGAAACAGUUGAUGUUGAAGGGAAUAAAUUGGAUAAUCUUCCAUCAGUCAAAAGAAGAAUUGGGAAUUCAACGGAGGGGGUGCUCAAAUCUGGCAUGAUGUCACCUCAUGCUUCAGAAUUGCAAUUUCCAUCCCCUAGGAUUGCUUGGGUCUGCUGUGACGAUUGCUUAAAAUGGAGGCGUAUUGCAGCUACUCUUGCAGACUCCAUUGAAGAAACAGACUGCAGAUGGACAUGCAAGGACAAUAUGGACAAAGAAUAUGCUGACUGCUCAGUACCCCAAGAGAAGUCCAAUGAUGAUAUUAAUGAGGAGUUGGAAAUAUCAGAUGCAUCUUGUGGGGAAGAUCCUUGUAAUACUUACUCAAAUUCCAGGAAGUUGGAUCAUAAACAAUCUCCUCAAGAUGCAUCUUGGACGCUUAUCAAGUCAAAUUUGUUUCUGCACCGUUCCCGCAAAUCCCAAACCAUUGACGAGAUAAUGGUUUGCCACUGUAAAUCAUCUCCUGAUGGAAGAAAGGGUUGUGGUGAUGGCUGCUUGAAUCGAAUGCUUAACAUUGAAUGUGUACAAGGGACUUGCCCUUGUGGGGAGCUUUGUUCCAAUCAAAAGUUCCAGAAGCGUAGUUAUGCCAAAUUAAAGUGGUUCCGUUGUGGGAAGAAGGGAUAUGGGCUCCAGGUGGUUCAAGACAUCCGCAUAGGACAAUUUCUUAUUGAAUAUGUUGGGGAGGUGCUUGAUGUUCAUGCUUAUGAGGCACGGCAAAGGGAAUAUGCUUCCAUGGGACAUAAGCACUUUUACUUCAUGACUUUGAACGGCAGUGAGGUUAUAGAUGCAUGUGCUAAGGGGAAUUUGGGUCGUUUCAUAAACCAUAGUUGUGAACCUAAUUGCCAAACGGAAAAGUGGAUGGUGAAUGGAGAAGUUUGUAUUGGACUUUUUGCAGUUCGUGACAUUAAGAAGGGUGAAGAGUUGACAUUUGAUUAUAAUUAUGUCCGGGUGUUUGGUGCUGCGGCAAAAAGAUGUGUUUGUGGCUCCUCUCAGUGUCGGGGAUACAUAGGUGGUGAUAGAUCAAAUGCUGAAGUGAUUGUUCAAGAUGAUUCAGAUGAGGAAUAUCCUGAACCCCUAAUGGUGUAUAAGGAAAAUGAAAUUGAUGAUGAUUUGAGAAAUUUACUAUAUGCACCCAGUUCUUUGGAUGAUGUUGAAACACAUGCUAUAAACAGCAAACUAGAAGUGGAUGCAGGCAGGCCCAAAAUUAUUAUUGACGACUCAACAACCUCCAUACUAGAAAACUUGAAGAUGUCUGAAGACAAGGAUGAAAUCCAUAAAUCUGUGUCUGCAGAUGAAUCUUUGGAGGUCAUGGGAAUGACAAAUACUUCAAAUGCAUUGGCAUCUGGCUCACAAAUUUCAUCUGAGAACUCAUUGGAGAAAUCGUCCGAAUCUGGUCAGAUGUCUGAAGUGUUGCUUGAACAAGACAAAUCUCAAGCGAUCACAUGCAAUGCUCUGCCAGAUUUUUCAGGAAAAAAGUUUAGCAAUCAUCUUGACCUUACUCAAAGUUCGGAUACUUCACCAUUGACUAAGAAAGGUGAAUCCUCUUCUGAAACAAAGGUUAUUGUGAAGAAAUGCAAAACCCAUGUAAAAAGGAGCAAGGCUGCUUCGAAUUUGCAAGCCAAAACAAAAAUUCCAUCUUCUGCUGUCAAGAAGGGGAAGGUGAAGGGUGUCAAGAAUCUUGAUAAACCCCCUAUGGUGGAUAACAAGUCUCAUGUUUUACCAUGUAAAACCAAAAAACCGAUCUCAAGUUCUUCAAAUAGCCGAUUUGAAGCAGUUGAGGAGAAACUCAAUGAGUUGCUGGACGCAGUUGGGGGAAUAAGCAAAAGAAGAGAUUCCACCAAGGGCUACUUGAAGCUUCUUUUGUUGACUGCUGCUUCAGGUUAUUGUGGCAGUGGUGAAGCCACCAUUCAGAGCAAUCGAGACCUUUCCAUGAUACUUGAUGCCCUGCUGAAAACAAAAUCGCGAAUGGUUUUGGUUGAUAUUAUCAACAAGAAUGGUUUACAAAUGUUGCACAACAUAAUGAAACGGUACAGAAAGGAAUUCAACAAGACCCCAAUUCUCCGAAAGCUUCUGAAGGUUUUGGAAUAUCUUGCCUACAGGAAUAUACUUACUACGGAACAUAUUACUGGAGGUCCACCUCGUCCUGGAGUGGAGAGCUUUCGGGAGUCAAUUUUGUCAUUUACAGAGCAUGAUGACAAGCAGGUUCAUCAGAUUGCUCGGAACUUUCGAGACAGGUGGAUCCCCAAGACUGUCAGGAAAAUCAGUUGCGCCAACAAUGGUAAUGAUGACCUCAGACUUGACCAUCAUCAUAAUCAGGGUACCAACUGCAACAGAUACUCGACCCGACCCGACCCACCACAUAACAACAACCAAAAGCUCCUCCUCCCCAUUAAUCCUAUUGAUGGCGUGCCUUGUAGCACAAGUUGUCCUACAAACGCGAUUAGGACUCGCAAGCGUAAGAGCCGAUGGGAUGAGGCACCUGAAACAAUGACGAAUCACGAAGAUCCUCAAAAUUCACGUUCGAUGAAUAUCGAUGUGGAUGCUCCUCCCGGUUUCUCAUUACCCGAAUGUUCGGAUUUUAUCAAGGUUUCCCUGCAAAAACGAUUCAAUUCUCGACUUCCCGUCUCUUAUGGGAUUCCCUUAGCAGUUGUACAGCAAUUUGGGUUUCCACAAGCUGAAAGGCCAAUUAGUUGGGUUGUUGCACCCGGUAUUCCUUUCCAACCUUUCCCACCUUUACCUCCUAUUUCUUCACUUGACAAGAAAGAACAUCCACACUGCACAUAUAAAGCAUCUUCGUCGGAUUUGAAAAUUGCAUGUGGAAAGAGAUCUCAGGCGUUUCAACAACCGAUGGACUUUGAUAGCUUAAAAUCUGGGGCUCAACAGAAUGAGAAAAGGCAUUGUCAGGGUCUCUGAGAGAAAUAAAUAGAGAAACGGGGUGGAUGAGAUCAGGGUCCCCGUGUAUAAAACCCAACCGAUGUAAGUAUCAAAAGAAGAACCGUGAUUGAAGUACAUCUUUAGGACGGAAACUGCGAGAAGAAUUGUCAUUGGUCUAUUAUAGAGAAGGUAUAGUAGAUAGACUGGUAAUUUCUUUAUAUAUUGUUUGCAGUAGGCAUGGUUCCCCAAUACAUGUGCAUUUCCAAUUCAAUUUGUUACUUUUUGGUGGAAUUUUGCUAUUCUUUCUCACUUUUGACAUUUAACUCCUGUUAUUGUUUCAUCCAAUCUCAUUGAUUUGGAAAUCUCACCUACAAUUGUGAUGUUGUUAAUUACAGACCUCCAUUGAUGUGGACUGGUUUAUUAAUGAAACAAACCUGGGAAUAAUGCAAUUAAUUAACUUAUUUUUGUCA